CAGGGUAAAGCCGAACCGCGCGGCGGGCUCAGAGGCUCGCCGGCCGCAGGGACUGCGCUGGAGGCGGUGCUGCGGGCCGGCACAUCCCGUUUGGGUUGUGGGAGGCGGGCGGGCCCUGCAGGGCGCAGAGCCGGCCAAGCGCUGCUGGGGCUCGGCUCUGGGCGCCCAUGGGCGGCUGAUGCCCCCAGCGCUCCCCACUCCACUGCUGCAUCCGGGCCGCAUCUGGACUGGGCGCCGCGCUGCGGGACCGACGCCGGGCCAAGAUGCUGUUCGGGGCAUCUUUGGUGGGGUUGCUGCUGUUCUCCAAGCUGGUGCUGAAACUGCCCUGGACCCAGGUGGGGUUCUCCCUGCUGCUUCUCUACUUGGGGUCUGGUGGCUGGCGCUUCAUCCGGGUCUUCAUCAAGACCAUCAGGCGGGAUAUCUUCGGUGGCCUGGUACUCCUCAAGGUGAAGGGAAAGGUUCGACGGUACCUGCAAGAGCGGAGAACAGUGCCCGUGUUGUUUGCCUCUACGGUACAGCACCACCCCAACAAGACAGCCCUGAUCUUCGAGGGCACAGACACCCACUGGACCUUCCGCCAGCUGGAUGAUUACUCAAGCAGCGUGGCCAACUUCCUACAGGCCCGGGGCCUGGCCUCAGGAGAUGUGGCUGCCCUUUUCAUGGAGAACCGCAAUGAGUUUGUGGGCCUGUGGCUGGGCAUGGCCAAGGUGGGCGUGGAGGCGGCGCUCAUCAACACCAACCUCCGACGUGAUGCUCUGCGCCACUGCCUCACCACCUCCCAGGCUCGGGCCCUUAUUUUUGGUAGUGAGAUGUCCCCAGCUGUCUGUGAGAUCCAUGAGAGCCUGGACUCCUCGCUUAACCUCUUCUGCUCUGGCUCCUGGGACCCCAGCACAGUGCCCACUGGCACAGAGCACCUGGACCCUCUGCUGGAAGAUGCCCCCAAGCACCUACCAAGUUGCCCUGACAAGGGCUUUACAGAUAAACUCUUCUACAUCUACACAUCGGGCACCACAGGGCUACCCAAAGCUGCCAUUGUGGUGCACAGCAGAUAUUACCGCAUGGCUGCCCUGGUGUACUACGGAUUCCGCAUGCGCCCUGACGACAUUGUCUAUGACUGCCUCCCCCUCUACCACUCUGCAGGAAACAUCGUGGGUGUUGGUCAGUGCCUGAUCCAUGGCAUGACAGUGGUGAUUCGAAAGAAGUUCUCAGCCUCCCGGUUCUGGGAUGAUUGUGUCAAAUACAACUGCACUAUUGUGCAGUACAUCGGAGAGCUGUGCCGCUAUCUCCUGAACCAGCCACCCCGGGAGGCGGAGACCCAGCACCGGGUGCGCAUGGCUCUGGGCAAUGGCCUCCGGCAGUCCAUCUGGACCAACUUUUCCAGCCGCUUCCACAUCCCCCAGGUGGCCGAGUUCUACGGGGCCACUGAGUGCAACUGCAGCCUAGGCAACUUUGACAGUCAGGUAGGAGCCUGUGGCUUUAACAGCCGUAUCCUGUCCUUUGUGUACCCCAUCCGGCUGGUACGUGUCAACGAGGACACCAUGGAGCUGAUCCGGGGACCUGAUGGCGUGUGCAUUCCCUGUCGGCCAGGGCAGCCAGGCCAACUGGUAGGCCGUAUCAUCCAGCAAGACCCUCUGCGCCGCUUCGAUGGCUACCUCAACCCAGGCGCUAACAACAAAAAGAUCGCUAAGGACGUCUUUAAGAAGGGGGAUCAAGCUUAUCUCACUGGUGAUGUGCUGGUGAUGGAUGAGCUAGGCUACCUGUAUUUCCGAGAUCGCACAGGGGACACAUUCCGCUGGAAAGGUGAGAACGUGUCCACCACUGAGGUAGAGGGUACGCUCAGCCGCCUACUGGACAUGACUGAUGUGGCUGUGUAUGGCGUUGAGGUGCCAGGAACUGAAGGUCGAGCAGGAAUGGCUGCUGUGGCCAGCACCACUGAUAGCUGUGACCUGGAGCACUUUGCACAGGCCUUGGAGAAGGAGCUGCCCCUAUAUGCCCGACCCAUCUUCCUGCGCUUCCUGCCUGAACUGCACAAAACAGGAACCUACAAGUUCCAGAAGACAGAGCUACGGAAGGAGGGCUUUGACCCAGCUGUUGUGAAAGACCCGCUUUUCUACCUGGAUGCCCGGAAGGGCCGCUAUGUUCCGCUGGACCAAGAGGCCUAUGCCCGCAUCCAGGCAGGGGAGGAGAAGCUGUGAUUUGCCCCUGCAUCUCUCUGAGGCCAGUAAUGCUGGAUCCAAAGCCUCAGCUUCUACCCAGAGGGGUCCUGGGCGAUGCAAGACCAAAGCAAGCAGGACCACACCUCCUCCCUGAGGUGCUGACUCCUCCCUCCAAAACUGCCAAGUGACUCACUGCCGCCUCCACACCCUUGCAGAGGCUUUCUGUGAAAGCUGCAUGUCCAAGCGAUCUUUUGGGCCCCAGGCUGAGACUGAUGGGGGCCCCCUCAGGAUGAUGUCUUGGGUCAGGCAGGGCAGGGAGAGGCAGAGGGAUCACCAAGCUCCCUCCAAAGAGCAGGGGCUUUAUAAGCGGGACCAAGGCAGAAGCCUCCAGACUCAGGAAGCCAAGAGAUUGGGCAGGAACGGUAAUGGCCAUAAAUCUGAUGGCCAGAAAAGCUGCCCCAGAGCUGCCCAUACCUCUAGGAGGAGAGGAAGACCACCAUGGCCCCACCAUGCCUCAUCUGCAGCAGGAGGUCAGAACACCACCCCUUAUCUCUCCAAAUUCCUCUAUCUUCAUCUGCUUAGGGGGUUGCCUGGCUGUCUUUCAGGCCCUGUCUCUGUGGGUCUCCAUCUCUGUCCUGGCCUAUGAGAGGAAGAGGAAUGGGAGGGUGGCCCUCAGGCGCCAAUAAACUCUGCCUUGACUCCUAAGCCUGUGUGCAUGCCACCUGAGCCCAUUCUACCCCAGACUGCCCAGCCUGCUUAGGCCCUACUUUCUGCUUCUCUGGCCCAUUCACUAAUUUGUCCACUCACUCAUUUGGAAUUCAGGAUAGAACAGGUAGGAUGCUACAGCCCUUAACCUAUGUGCUGGCUUAGAUGAGUGCAGUUCCCACCGAGUCUGGCAAGUUACUUGUUUUAAUAGUGUGAGCUUCAAAGUCCAGACCAGCUGUCACUCAGAAGCAGAAGCUUGUGGCCUUGGACCAGGUGUGGUGGUACACACCUGUAAUCCCAGCAAGUUAGGAAGCUGAGGCCAGAGGUUCCCAAUUUGGAGGUCAGCCUGGACAACUUAGCGAGACCCUGUCUAAAAAUAAAAAGGGCUAGGGAUGUAGCUCAGUUCCAGAGUGCCCCUGGAUUCAAUCCCCAGUACUGCAAACACACACAAACAGAAAGGAUUCAGAAGGUAAAACAGGCCAUUAGGAGGAAAAGGAUGCUCAGGCUUUGAGGGGAAGUCUCCCUGAAGGCAGGGUCAUCUCUAGGUCCUUGCUCUGCUUCUCGCUGUAUGGUUCCCCAGUUGCUGAGAGGUGGGAAAGAUCUGCCCAGGGUGACUGCCAGAGAACCAGAGUGAGGCUGCCUAGCCUGCCAGGCAGCGCUGGAUCCCUCUUCACAGUAGUGUGUUGGGGAGCCAGCUAUCUCCUGGGCCCCAUUGCUAGAGUCACACCCAGAUGGGGAAUCAGUGCAGUGGGAAAGGGUCCCAACACAGCCUAUCUGGGUGGCACAAGCCCCUGGGGCUUCACCUCCACUGUUGAGACCUUUCUCCAGUCUAUGAGGUUUGUUUUAUAAACGGGUUAUUCAAAGAAAGACCUAGAACUUAAGAGAUUUUGAGUCACUUGGCCAAAGUCCCACAAGUUGGGGGGCUGAAAUGCAAACUCAAGCCCCAGUCCUUCCUCCUGGGUGCAGAAGGCAGCAGCAAGCUGCAAGUUUCAUUCCACACAUGCCUGUGGAGCCAGCUCUGGGCCACACCCUGGGCCGGCAGCUGACAGUUCAGGCAGUCUGGAGCCAGGCUAAGAAAACUGGGGUGCCUCCUGGGGGAGUAGCCUUCGAAAGAUAGAGGAGUCUGGUGCCUCUGAGGGUAAAGUGGGAGCAGAGCUGAAGAGGGGACCCUUACCCAUUCAAACUGACGGGAUUGCAGGGAUGGCAGACAUGUCUGCCCUGCCACAUAUGGCCAGCAGAGGGUGCACAGAGCUUGAGGAAUCCAGUCGGGAACCUUAGCACUCAGCCAAGGGAAGGAGGGGCUGUACCUCCCACAUCACCCCUGAGCAGGUACCCUGCCCAGAAGACCUUGUGGUGGCCUUUGAAGGCCUUUGGUCAUGCCUCCAAGAGCCUGGGGUUGGUUAACCCUCAGUGAGUUCUCCACAAUGGGAAGGAGCCCCGGAAGAGGCCCAUUCCUUCCCCCAUGUUAAGCAGUCACCGAGAGGCAGGGUGGCAGUUCAGAGCUGUGGCUUUAGAGUCAGAUGGGCCUGUGUUUAAAUCCUAGCUCUACCAUUGGCCACUCAGUUCCCUUUCCUAAACACAGAGGUCGAAGAAUCCCCACGUUGAGUUGUGAAAAGUGCAAGAUCUUGCGUGAAAACCUCAACACAUGCACAGUAGUUUAAAGGGGGAAAAGAGUAUGUUCAAAUGUUAAGAUUCUAGGGAGUUUCCCACUUCUACACCAGAUCCCACCACCACACUAUCCACGAUGGAGGCUCUGGGCUGUGGUCCUUGCAGCUCUCAGAUCCCAAAUCAUGGUUGUGUGAGUCACCUCCAUACAUGCUUACGAAGUUAAUUAGCAAUGACAGCUACUGUUUACCAGGCAGUUGGUGACAUUUAUCUAGUAGUUCAGUUUACAGAUCACAAUGACAGUUCAUCUACUGAGCAGAUUCCUUUUUUAAAUUUGAUUUUUUGGGUUUGUGUUUUGGUUUGUUUUGUCUGGUACUAGGGAUUGAAUCCAGGGGCACUCUACCACUGAGCUGCCCCCGCCCCCCAGCCCUUUUUAUUUUGAGACAGGGUCUAAGUUGUCCAGGCUGGUCUUUAACUUGAAAUCCCCCUGCCUCAUCUUCCUGAGUGGCUGGGAGUCGCUGGGAUUACAGGUGUGCACCACCAUGCCACCUAUUGAGCAGAUUUAAGGCUGCCCUAGCAUGACAGAGACCUGGGCCCUAAUCUGCAUGAUGGGGGAAGAGGCUGGCAAGUAGAAAAGACAAAACUGUGUGCUUAGCUGCACCUAACCAAGCACACUGCAACAGGGAGGACUUUCAAGGAAGCUUCCAGGCAGACGCCAAGGCCUGGAAGUGAAAGGCAGGUUAAGGGAGGACAGUAAGACCAUACUAAUGGGUCAUUUCUAUAGUUCAUUACUAGAAGUUUCUCUGAAUGCAGAGAGCACUGGACACCAUGAAGCAGAGGCGCAGCAUUCCUUCUCCCUGGGUGCAAAGCAGCUAUCUGUCAUUGAUAGUCAUUCUUUUCCUUCAGGAGAGUGAGGGGCAUGAUGCCAUCAGAGCAGAUCCAAGAUAAGUAAAUGUAAAAAGGGGGGGACAGUAUGCUGCAGGUCUGCACAGGGGAUCAGAUUUGAGGCAAGACAUGAAAAGUGAAUCUGUUGCAGGCACCUGAGGUCCUAGUAGCUGGUCAAACCAGCUUCCCUAGACUUGCUAAUGGUCAAGGCUGGGGCACCUCCCAUGUGCCAGGCACUGUGCACAGGGCUUUCUGUGCAUGGUUUCAUUAAAUUUUCCUAAUGCAAAAUAGGUACAUUUUUAUCCCCAUUCUGCAGAUGAGGAAUCUGAGGCUUAUGAGAGAUAAAGUCUCUCCAAAGACCACAGAGCCUGAGAAUGGCAGAGCUGGAAGAAAAAUCCCCUUCCCUGAGCCUUGGUGUUCCAUCUGCAAUCUGCCUGCUCUACUGAGAAGGCUGGAAAGGGCUGGCCUACAGCGUCCCUGGAGGUCCAUUUGCCCAGGCCAGUGCGUGGCUAUCACUUUCAAUUCCUGGGAAGGUUAAAUACCUUUGAGGGGCCCAUUGAAGUGGCAACAGCAAGGGAGGGGGCCACUGAGUGACUUUCAAAGGGGCCUGAAUGCGCUGCCAGUCCCUCCCCCGAAGAGGCCCUGCUUCCUCCCAGUCUAAUGAUAUUCUGGGCUCAGCCCUCAUCUUUGGCGGCAGUUUAACCCGAGCCAGGGCGGAUUUCUUUCUCACUGAUCUCAGCUUGACACCCAAUUAGCACAAGAAUGGGAGGAGGAAGCCUGCGAGAGGCGACUCCCAGCCUCCCGGGGCGCGUGAGAGGAGCAGGCGGGAAGACAAAGGGCAGUGGGCAGGGGGGCACCCGAGCCCUCAUCUCCCCCACCAACCCUGCCUUUGUCUCCCCAGGAGCUUCAGAGAGGAUGGAGGCCUAUGCCCCGGCUGGAUGGCCUGCUAGAAGGGGCAGGGGUUGGGGCCCAAGCCCCUGUUCUGGAUCCCAGGGAAAGGCAUUUGGCUGAGACUAGUUCAAGGGGAGGCAGUGAGGCUCAGUGAGUAGGGGCAGGGAUCUUGAAGGCUCUAAAACCUGGUUGGAGGCCUGAUACUUACGGGGGGUUCUCAGGCAAGUCACAUGUUCUGUCUCAGUUUACUCCUAGGAAAAAUGGGAGUCCCUGUGAGGAAUAAAUUAGGUAAUGCAUGUACAUCACCUGGUAGGUACAAAGAGGGUGUUCAAGUUCAAUAAAUAUUUUUUGAAUGAAUAUACUGGUAAACUAGUAUUGUCACCAAGGGGUUGAAGGGAGUAGGAUUGGGGCCAGGUGAAGGAAGGACUUGAGAGCUGAGCAGCCACAAAAUGGGCCAGCUUACCCAGAGGUGAGUUCCCAGUAGCCCAACAAGCCCGCCCGAUGACUACCUGCUGGUUGAUUCCCAGAGGGAGAAGGAAGGACUCCAGCCUGCCUGUGCUCUCUCCCUCCCCACUUCUACCUCUACCUUCUACAUCCCUGUGAAUCUGGUUUGCUUAACUCCCAGGAAGCCUCCCCUGAGGUCAUGACGCUAGGUUAGGGGCCUCCAACAGCUCCCCUGUUCCCCUCCAUAGCACUGAUCUCACCAUGCAUCCUGUUUUGCCCUCCAUGUCUUCUAGAACAUCAGCCCCAGGAAGGCAGGAACUAUCUGUUUUGAUGCACCCUUGUGUUUCCAGCACCAGCACUGGGUCUGGCACUUAACAGGUGCUCAAUGAAUGUUUUUCGAAUGGGGAAAGUUCCUCAAAUGCUCCCAAGCAAUCCCUCCCUUCCAGCGCUGGGAGGUGGCAAUUCCCAGGAUCUUAGGAUAUCCAGCUGAAGCUAACUGGGAUCAGAGGCUGUAAAAGGCCCUGAAUGCUUUCUAGAUGGGCCCUUGUUGGCAAAUAUCACUCACUAAUUUAUUUGAUCAUUCAGCAAGCACUCAACAAAUCCCUAUGAGGUACAAAGUUCCUCCUUACAGGAUAAGGAUCCAAGAUGAAUCAGGAAAGGUUUUUGCUCUGGAGAAGCUAAGAGUUCAGUGGAAUAAUCUAAGAAUAUUUAUGCUGAAAGACUAAGAGAUCAUUUGGUCCCAGACUCUUUACACAUUGAGGAAACUGAGUUCCAGAGGGGAAGUGAUCUAUACAUGUAGCAUGGUGAGUGUAGGGCCUUCGCAUUUUAUAAGAACCAGAGCUAUAUCUCAUUUGCCGUUGUUUUAUCAGGGCCCUGGAACACUGCUGGCACACUGAGGGGGCUCAGAGGUGUCUGUGAAGUUUAAUUGUACAAUGAAGUUAAGGCCAGAGGCAGAUAGGCCAGAGGAAGCAGAUGUAGGUAAGAGGGUGGCUGUGAGCUGGGGAGUGUCAGGGUACGGAAAAUUUGGGGGUUGCAAAAUCAGGUUAGAAGUGAAACUGGUCCAAGUUUGGUGAGUG